GUGGCGAUUUUAUUGUUUACCAUGAAGUUGUCUAAUUUUCAAAUUUUACUGACCAAGUUUUGUACAGUGACUGAUCCAUCUGCAGUUUCUGAACCAGUAACUGAUAUCUCAAAAAAAUAUUGCUUUACUGACGGUGUCUGGUCACCUCAGAUGAUCAACAUGAUUUGUUCAUUGAAAGACACUUGAAGGUGUAAGUUGUAAAAGGUUUUGAAAGACUUGCCAAAGCAAGGCAUUCUUGACAGGGAUAAACAUUGGGAGCAGCUCUAGCUGACUCAGCUCAGAGGAUGACAUCACAGUUAAUUGACAUCUUUCUGUUAACAAUGCAUGGAUUAUCUUAUCUUCUUCAUUCUAGGGGAAUUAUGCAUUAAGUGAAGACAUCUUGCUGUAGAAGAGAAGAAAAAUUCAGAUAUUCCACAUGAUUUACAAUAUGGCUUUGAUUGUCUUAUGUUAAUGGCUGGUAAAGAACAGAAACAUGUAGGCUGGAGAAUCACUUGAUAGAAAUCAAGAUGUUUAGUCACUUUGGGAGCAGUGAUCUUGAGAUUUCGAUGCUAGAUACUCUCAGAUUUGAAAGCCGGUAUCUUGGAUAUUUUCUUAGCUCCUCUAGAUCAAGAUGGCAAAGAACUUUAUAAGGAUAGGUCUCCCAUCCAUCACACAACAUUCAAGCACCAAUGGGUUUCUUUCAAGGAGUUGAAGAUAAGGUAGUUCCCCUUAACAAAGCUGAGAUGAGGCAGUUAAAGCAAAAGGACUGCAAUGUUUGUUUCUAGGACCAGACACAAGAGAAUUCGACAACAUAUGUAUCAGAAGAUCAAAAUCAGAAACUGAAAUCUGCCCAUGUGGAGUGUCACCAGAGAAUGCUGACCAUCUCCUCCAAAACUGCUCUCUUUACCAAGAGGCUGUACAUGACACUGGCCCCAAAACACCCCAAUAGAAAGAAAACUAUAUGGAGAGUUCCCUGAUUUGGAAACCACUGCGAAAAUAAUCUCAUAUACUGGUCCAGUCAUCUGAAUGCUCCAAUAAAAAAAUGAGAAGGAAGAAGAAAGAAGAUUGGAAGCAACAUGGCUAUCAAAAAGCAGAGACGAUACAAACCUCAUUAGAUGGAGAGUUUUAUUUUGUUGGUAAAGUCCUUGGUUUUGAGCCAGCAGAGAAACAUAGAAAGGGCCGUACACAUAUAUGUAAAAUACAUGCUAGAUCUAUGAGUGUAGAGAAAGAUAUUCGUUAUGAGCUGCUGGCUAGAUUAUGCCCAAACAGUACAGGAGCGGAAAUUCGUAGUGUUGGCACAGAAGCUGGAAUGUUUGCUAUCAGGGUUCAUAGGAAGAUGGCUACAGAGAAAGAUUUUCUGGAAGCAGUAAAUAAAGUCAUCAAAGCCUACGCCAAAUCUAGUGCAACUCCUUGCUACAUGACUUACAAUGAAAUCAAUUGUAGCUUGAUAGAAAUGUCUACUAGAGAAUCAGUACAGAACUUGUGUUUACUCACUGAUCUGAUUUUAAACUUAAGUGAAUCAUUGUUUGUAUUCAUGAUGUUUUAUUUCAACUUAUUAAAUCAUGGUAUCUUUCUUAUUAAAUAUGUUGUCAGUGUGGUUUUUACUUUUGUCAGUAAUUUGUUACAUCUGGAUGUUCCUUUGCAAUUUAAGAUAAUUGCAUCCCAAACCUCCUGCAGGAUAGCUGGGAAUGAGUAUGGGCAUUUCAUCUAG